AAUUGAGUUUAAUCUAAUUAACUGAAAUUCCAAAUUGUUUAACAACGCCAAUUUAUACUAAACAGCAAAACAGAUAAACGAGCACCUGCUACAAGGGAAAUAAUCUUGACAUUUUUCGAAUAUUUCUUUCCUGUAGAUGGACAAUGAAUUUCAGAGACAGAACUCAAGACAACAGUAGAGCAGGGUUUGAAAAAAGAGAGAAGAGACGACAGAUCAGGAAACUUCAAGAUGCAAUCACUGCAAAGGACGUUUCAACUGUGAAAGAAAUUUUAGAAGAUGAUUUUGAUGUUGACUUUCAGUAUCGUGGACAAACAGCAUUACAGCAAGCAGUCAAGGAAGGCCAAGAAGAAAUCUGUAAACUGUUAAUUGACAAAGGAGCUGAUAUCGGUGCAUGUGAUGCAGAACUGAACAGCUUACUUCAUAUAGCAUGUAAAUCAGGCUAUGAGGAUAUCGCUAAAUUGUUGAUAAAAAACAAUGCUGGUAUUAAUGCCUUGAAUGACUCUAAUACCACACCUAUCAGUGUCUGUGCAUUAACUGGGGAUAAAUCUAUAGCCAAUCUUCUUAUCAGAGAAAAUUGUGAUUUGAAUUACAAAAACCUGAAAGGUGAAACACCCUUGGUAGUAGCAACACAGCAGAGACAUGCUGAAAUGGUUGAAUUCUUGAUACAAUCUAAUUGUCAAAUGGACUUAGGAGAUGAAAAUAAUAGUAACUCAAUGAUUUAUGCCGCAAAACUUGGAUUUACAGAAAUACUUCAGAUUUUAAUCAAACAUGGUGCACAAUUAAAUCAUAAAGACCGACAAGGCUGCACUCCAUUAUACCAUGCAGUAAAGGAACAUCAGAUAGACAUCAUCAAGGAAAUUAUUAAGUACCAUUCCACAGCUGAGCUGCAUAAGAGGAUCCAGCUAGAUACCCCAUCUACAAAGGGAAUGACACCACUACUAGUUGCAAUCACCAAUAACUAUCCUGAUAUUGCCAAUAUGUUAUUAGAUGCUGGCUGUGAUGUUGAUAAGAGAGAUAGGUUACAGAAUUCUCCAAUACAUGUAGCAGUCAGACAAGUUUCAUUAGUAUUUGGACAAGAAGAAGAGGCCAUGUCUGUUGUGAAGAAAAUUGUACAGUUAGGCUGUGACAUUAAUGUUGGGGAUAUGGAAGGAAAAACUCCACUUAUUCUCAGUGCUUUUGCUGGGAAUAAAGAACUAACAGAGUUGUUCCUUCAGAAGAAUGCUGAUGUUACCAAAUGGACAACAACAGGUGACACAGCUUUACAUGCAGCCUGUAGUUCAAUCAAAAGUCAGCCAGAAAUUGUUGAAAUGCUGGUCAAAGCAGGUUGCAGAAUAAAUGAUCCAAACAACAACGGUGAAAUUCCACUAUUUUCAGCACUUUUUAACAGAGCAGAUAUUAGGAUCAUAAGAGGACUUGUAAAGAAUGGCAGUGACCUGAAUUACAGAGAGAAAACUAACCAACUUUCACCACUACAUGAAGCUAUUAUCCAAAAUCUUACAGAGGCAGCUAUAUUCUUGAUAGAAUCUGGUUGUGAUAUCAACAAACCAAACAAGCACCUGCAGCAGCCUCUGUAUACAGCCUGUGAGAAGGGUAACGAGAAAAUUGUUCAGUAUUUACUAAGUACAGGCAAAUGUCAGAUUAAUGGUCUUGUUUCCACAGCUAUACCAUUACAUGUAGCUAUGCUGAAUAAUCAUGGGAGAAUUGUGGAGAUUCUUGCCAAAGCUGGGUGUAAUCUUAAUAAGAUCAACCAUAAGUGCUUGUCACCAAUUAUGUUUGCUGCAGAACAGAAUGAAUUGGCUAUGGCAAAGCUACUACUGAAAUAUGGAUGUGACCUUAAUGCUCAAGCCAAGGUCAAAGGAAUGAUGAAGUGUUGUCUCAUGUAUCCAGUAGAUAAACAUCCACAUUUUGAACUGGAACCAUUAUUUUUUGCUGUCACACAUAAGAACCGAGAUAUGAUUGAUUUAUUUCUUCAUUGCUAUAAUGACAAUCCUCCCUAUUGGGUGAUACAGCUUCUAAUCAAAUUUCUGAAAGAAAUUACACAAUUAAAUGCACAAAUGACACCAGAUCAAAAGAAAGAAUUGAUUGUCUUGUUUUUAAAGUCAUGUAAAUUACCCAGAAGUUUACAACAGAUCUGUAGAGGAACAAUACGAGAGACUCUUGGUACACUUCCUCAGGAGAAAGUUAAAAAACUUCCAUUAGCAGAAAAAUUGAAGGAUUACAUUUUAAUGAAGGAGAUAUUUACAGAAGAAGAAACAAAAGAAGAAGAACUCUCCAACGAAGAAAGAGACUUGGGAAGAUUUAAUUAGGAAGUGAAAGAAGUUAGACAAAAUAAUUACCUAUUAGUAUUAAGUAUGAGGAAUUAAAUUGCUAGUAUUGUCCUGUGGACAAGUAACCUUAACUGUCCCUGAUUUUCCUACAAAGUUUAAAACAUGGGACUUGAAACAGUACAUGUGAAUUCCUCAGCAAGCCUCAUUAAUCUUCUUGUUACUCAUUAUUUUUAUACAGAAAACCAUCCAUAUUACAAGACAUUAUACAGCUAUUGUCUGUUUGGAAUUUUUUUUUUACAUAUCUUCUAUGGAAAAAAAUUAUUGAUGGUCAAUACUAAAUAGUUACACUAUAACAAUAAGUGUAAAUGGCAAUUAGCAUUAAUCAAACAUUGAACCAUUUUCCUUAAAAAAAAACUCAAGAUCAUAAAAAUUACAUAAUUUAGCUAGCUAGUCCUUGAUAUGUUUUCAAUAUAUUACCAACUAUAGUGCAAUUUAUCUUAAGUGGGCAUUAUAAACAGUUUAAGUGUUGUACAAAACUUAGUAAAAUCCUUUUACCUUGGCACAAGUGUAUCCUGUUUAACAGUAAUGGUGUUCCAAAAAUAUGGGUAUUAUACUAUACCGAUAUUGACUAUGUUCCUAGACUAUAGCAGCAGAUGUUUGAGUAUGUGGUAAUAUAGUAUUAUACUAUACCGAUAUUGACUAUGUUCCUAGACUAUAGCAGCAGAUGUUUGAGUAUGUGGUAAUAUAGUAUUAUACUAUACCGAUAUUGACUAUGUUCCUAGACUAUAGCAGCAGAUGUUUGAGAACACAGCCAAAUUCAAGCAGGUGCAGGUCAACAGAUGUGAUUCUACCUGUCAUUCAAAUGUAAGCAAGGAGUGAAUAGAUUGAUAAUGAGCCUAUGGUCCCACAACUGUUUCCAUCAAAACAAUCAAAAAAAAUAAAUUUAGAAAUAAUUUUUACAGUACAUACAUGUAUAUUUACUAUUUUAUAUAAACCAUUUAUAUAAUAGAAAAAAAUAGAACAAUAUAUAAUGUUGCACAUAGUUGUGGCAGAUAAUAUCACUUAUGAUGUAAUACAAUAUAUUUAGUCUUUUUUUUUUGUGACCCAUGACAAAUAAUUUGGUUAUAAUGUUUUAACCCAGUCUUUCUGUGCCUCUGUCUGUCCAGGUAUCCAUCAGUCCUUCUGUUGAAGAGUUUUUGUAUUUUGCUCAUAUCCUACAGUAGUUUUUAGCAAAAGUUUUUGAAUUUGCAAACUAUUUAUGCAUAAACUGAAGAUGUGCCUACUAUCAGGGUAAUAAAGUGUUCAUGGUUUAUUUUCAGAAUGAUGGGUAGUUGAACUAGUCAUGGUUUUUUUUCUUCUCAAUUUUAUAUGUAAUAUAUAUGGAGCAUUUUAUUAUUUAGUGGAAUAUUUAUGUACAUUCAAAAGGUAUGCCUAUUAUCAGGAUAAUGAUGUUAUAUCAGUUAUCAAAGUAGACCUGAACUUUUCAGGAAUCAAUUGUUUUGUCUAAAAUAUCAUUAAAACAGUGGAGUCAUUAUAUUUGUUUUACAGAUACAUGAAACUGCAAUGCAAACAACAAAAUACUCUUCAUUUAUCUAAUGUCAAUGUGUAAAGGCUUUACACGGGCAAACUUUUGUCUAGUUUUUGUCGAGCCUGCGACUUUUGUCGCAGAAAGCUCGACAUAGGGAUAGUGAUCCGGCAGCGGCGUUAGCUAACUUCUUAAAAGCUUUAUAUUUUAGAAGGUUGAAGACCUGGAUGCUUCAUACUUUGUAUAUGGAUGCCUCAUGUUACGAAGUUUCCGUCAGUCACAUGUCCAAUGUCCUUGACCUCAUUUUCAUGGUUCAGUGACUACUUGAAAAAAAAGUUAACAUUUUUUGUAAUGUUAAAUUCUCUCUUAUUAUAAGUAGUAGGAUAACUAUAUUUGGUAUGUGCGUACCUUGCAAGGUCCUCAUGCCCGUCAGACAGUUUUCCCUUGACCUCGACCUCAUUUCAUGGAUCAGUGAACAAGGUUAAGUUUUGGUGGUCAAGUCCAUAUCUGAGAUACUAUAAGCAAUAGGUCUAGUAUAUUCGGUGUAUGGAAGGACUGUAAGGUGUACAUGUCCAACUGGCAGGUGUCAUCUGACCUUGACCUCAUUUUCAUGGUUCAGUGGUUAUAGUUAAGUUUUUGUGUUUUGGUCUGUUUUUCUAAUACUGUAUGCAAUAGGUCUACUAUAUUUGGUGUAUGGAAUGAUUGUAAGGUGUACAUGUCUUGCUGUCAGGUGUCAUUUGACCUUGACCUUGUUUUCAUGGUUCAGUGGUCAAAGUUAAGAUUUUGAGUUUUGGUCUUUUUUUCUAAUACUAUAUGCAAUAGGUCAACUAUAUUUGGUGUAUGGAAAUAUUUUAUGAUAUGUCAGUCGCGCAGGUUUUAUUUGACCUUGACCUCAUUUUCACAGUUCAUUGCUCAGUGUUAAGUUUUUGUGUUUUGGUCUGUUUUUAUACGACCGCAAAAAUUAAAAAAUUUUUGGUCGUAUAUUGGUAUGACGUUGGCGUCGUCGUCGUCGUCGUCAUCGUUGUCGUCGUCGUCCGGCGUCGUCCGAAGACACAUUGGUUUUCGCACUCUAACUUUAGUUUAAGUGAAUGGAUCUCCAUGAAAUUUCACCAUAAGGUUCAAUACCACGAAAGGAAGGUUGGGAUUGAUUUUGGGGGUUAUGGUACCAACAGUUAAGGAAUUAGGGGCCAAAAAGGGGCCAAAAAUAAGCAUUUUUGUAACUUUCAGACAAUAACUUGUGUGUAAGUGUAUGGAUCCCUCUGACAUUGUACCACAAGGUUCCAUAUCACAAAGGGAAGGCUGUAAUUGAUUUUGGGGGUAAUUGCCUCAAAAUUUUAGGAAUUAGGGGCCAAAAAAGGGGCAAAAAACAAGCAUUUUUCUAGUUUCAUGACAAUAACUUGUGUGUAAGUGUUUGGAUAUUUCUGAAAUUGUACUACAAGGUUCCAUAUCACAAAGGGAAAGCUGGAAUUGAGUUUGGGGGUAAUUGCCCGAAACGUUUAGGAAUUGGGGGCCAAAAAGGGGCCAAAAAUAAGCAUUUUUCUAGUUUCCAGACAAUAACUUGUGUUCAAGUGUAUGGAUCUCUCUGAAAUUGUACUGCAAGGUACCAUACCACAAAGGGAAGGCUGGGAUUGAGUUUGGGGGUGAUGAAUCAUAAGGGGGUUCAAAAAAUUUGGGGGGGAUUUUUUUUUUUUUUUUUUUUCUUUUUUUCCUUUUUUUUUUCUUUUAAAAUUUUCCAUUUUAAGUUGGUUAUUUCUGAUUUAUAUUUAAAAGCAAAUAAUAAUGAUAUGGUAGGAGAUACACACCAAACAGGAUGUGUAAAUUAUUAUAUAAUAAGUAUUGUGCAAUAGCAAGAAAUUUUCAAUUGCACAGUAUUGCACAAUAGCAAGAAAUCUUCAAUUGCACAGUAUUGCGCAAUAGCAAGAAAUCUUCAAUUUAACAGUAUUGCGCAAUAGCAAGAAAUAUCUAAUAGCACAAUAUUGCGCAAUAGCAAGAAAUUGUCAAUUGUACAGUAUUGCGCAAUAGCAAGAAAUAUUCAAUUGCACAGUAUAGUGCAAAAGAAGAUACUUCGUAUAAAUUGCUUAUUUCUUGAUCAGUUUCAAUGGGGUUUUAUUCUUGAAUUCUUGGGGUUCUUUAAUAUGGUGAAUCUAACCGUGUAUUAAGUUUUUGGAUUUUGGGCCCCGUUUUUAAAUUGGUCCACAUUGAGGUCCAAAGGGUCCAAAAUUUAACUUUGUUUGAUUUCAUCAAAAAUUGAAUUAAUGGGGUUCUUUGAUAUGCCGAAUCUAACCGUGUAUUUAGAUUUUUAAUUUUGGGUCCCGUUUUUUAAAUUGGUCUACAUUAAGGUCCAAAGGGUCCAAAAUUAAACUUAGUUUGAUUUUAACAAAAAUUGAAUUCUUAGGGUUCUUUGAUAUGCUGAAUCUAAACAUGUGUUUAGAUUUUUGAUUAUGGGCCCAGUUUUUAAGUUGGUCCAAGUUGGGGUCCAAAAUUAAACUUUGUUUGAUUUCAACAAAAAUUGAAUAUAUGGGGUUCUUUGAUAUGCUGAAUCUAAACAUGUAUUUAGAUUUUAGAUUUUUGGCCCAGUUUUCAAGUUGGUCCAAAUUGGGGUCCAAAAUUAAACUUUGUUUGAUUUCAACAAAAAUUGAAUAUAUGGGGUUCUUUGAUAUGCUGAAUCUUACCAUGUAUUUAGAUUUUUUAUUUGUGGGCCCGCUAUCAAAUUGGUUCAUAUUGAGGUCAAAAGGGUCCAAAAUUAAACUUUGUUUGAUUUCAUCAAAAAUUGAAUUAUUGGGGUUCUUUGAUAUGCCAAAUCUAACCGUGUAUUUAGAUUUUUAAUUUUGGGUCCUGUUUUUUAAAUUGGUCUACAUUAAGGUCCAAAGGGUCCAAAAUUAAACUUAGUUUGAUUUUAACAAAAAUUGAAUUUUUGGGGUUCUUUGAUAUGCUGAAUCUAAACAUGUGUUUAGAUUUUUGAUUAUGGGACCAGUUUUCAAGUUGGUCCAAGUUGGGGUCCAAAAUUAAACUUUGUUUGAUUUCAACAAAAAUUGAAUAUAUGGGGUUCUUUGAUAUGCUGAAUCUAAACAUGUAUUUAGAUUUUAGAUUUUUGGCCCAGUUUUCAAGUUGGUCCAAAUUGGGGUCCAAAAUUAAACUUUGUUUGAUUUCAACAAAAAUUGAAUAUAUGGGGUUCUUUGAUAUGCUGAAUCUUACCAUGUAUUUAGAUUUUUUAUUUGUAGGCCCGCUAUCAAAUUGGUUCAUAUUGAGGUCAAAAGGGUCCAAAAUUAAACUUUGUUUGAUUUCAUCAAAAAUUGAAUUAUUGGGGUUCUUUGAUAUGCCAAAUCUAACCGUGUUUUUAGAUUUUUAAUUUUGGGUCCCGUUUUUUAAAUUUGUCUACAUUAAGGUCCAAAGGGUCCAAAAUUAAACUUAGUUUGAUUUUAACAAAAAUUGAAUUCUUCGGGUACUUUGGUAUGCUGAAUCUAAACAUGUGUUUAGAUUUUUGAUUAUGGGACCAGUUUUCAAGUUUGUCCAAGUUGGGGUCCAAAAUUAAACUUUGUUUGAUUUCAACAAAAAUUGAAUAUAUGGGGUUCUUUGAUAUGCUGAAUCUAACCAUGUAUUUUGAUUUUGGACAUUGGACCAUAAUAGGUAAAUUAAAAAAAUUGAAGUUCUUAGACCACAUUCUUUCUGUGUCAGAAACCUAUGUUGUGUCAAAUAUUUAAUCACAAUCCAAAUUCAGAGCUGUAUCAAGCUUGAAUGUUGUGUCCAUACUUGCCCCAACUGUUCAGGGUUCGACCUCUGCGGUCGUAUCAAGCUGCGCCCAGCGAAGCAUUUUAUUCUUAAACUAUAAGCAAUAGGUCAACUAUAUUUGUUGUAUGGAAGAAUUGUUAGCUGUACAUGCCUGCCUAGCAUGGUUCAUCUGACCUUGACCUCAUUUUCAUGGUUCAUUGGUCAAUGUUUAGUUUUCUUGGUUAAUGUUAAGUUUAUGUGACAGUUGUAAUAAAGCUUUAUAUUUAGGACUAUCAACAUAAUAUCAGUGAUUAGUAAAGAAGGCGAGACAUUUCAGCGUGUGCACUCUUUUUAUUUAAUUCAAAAUUCAAAAUUCAAACUGCAUAAAUAAAUAGAAUGUUUAUUAUUCAGAUACUUUUCCCUUUACAAUGUGAUUGAUUGAUUGAUUGUUGUUUGCUUUACGCCGCAUUAGCACAGAAAGGCUAUAUCGCGGCGAUCUUUACAAUGUGAUUUUUCCAUUUACUAUAAAGUGUUUUUCCCCCGUGGAGACCGUAAUGAGUAGCCAAGGUCAUUAAACACUCCCUAGUAGUAGAUUUUCCAUUAUAAAGUGAGUAUCCCAAUCCAAAGGGUAUGUUUUCCAAUCGCAAUUGGAAUUCCCCAUCACAAAUGUAAUUUCUACAUUACAAUUUAAUUUUCCCAUUACAAAGUAAUUUCCACAUUACAAUGUAAUUUUCCCAUUUACAAUGUUUUUGUUCCAUUACAGUGUGAUUUUUUUUUUUUAUUACAAUGUGAUUUUUUUAUCAAUGUAAUUUUUCCAUUACUAUGUUAUUUUCUCUUUACAUAAAAUCAAUUGUACCAAGAUUUGUUUACAAGAUGUGCAAUAUUUUUUUUUUACAUUCAAAUUUUCUUUCUGGAUGUUGAAGGCAAAUAAAUGGUGCAAAUAUUUUUCAGGACAUAUAUAUUUUUUUAUUGAUUAGAAAAUGCUUUAAUUUUAAAAAAAAUGACUAGUAUAAAUAUCACCAAAUAUUGUUUUGUUUUUUUUCUAAUUUAAAAAGAAAUUUACCGGGAAAUAUUGGUUCCAUGAUAUAAAUAUCUUAUUAUUUAAUCUUAUGUUGUAUUAUAGCAAACAUGAAAUAAUUGUAAAUUAAAUUUAGUAAUAGAAGUUUUCAGGAAUAUUACAAACUUAAAAGCAUAAACAUUGUGAAGGAAAUAUGAUUGAUUGUAGCUAUUUAACGCCACUUUCAGCACUCUUUGCUAUAUCAUGGCACCCAGUUUUUAUUUGUGGAGAAAGGUGUAGUGCAAUUAUAUAGAACUGCUACUUUCGGCAGGAAAACUGACAAUCCUUGUCAAUUAAGAUCUGAGUUGAAUACACUUCCCACGAGGGGUAUUCAAACUCACAACCUCAGUUGUUGACAUGAUAGUGAUCACCUUAGAUGAACUACUUAGACCAGGUGACCAUCAAGACCCCCAUGAAAAUAUUAUAGUGCUAUAUUGAUUAAAUAUAAUGAUGAUAAAAAGAAACCUGUUGAAAGAAUGAAAAAUGAGAAGUAAAGUGUAAAGAAUUUAAACAUUAUAAAAAAAAAAGAAUUUAAAUGUUUUUUUGUAAAAUUCCAAUAUGGAACAUACUUUACAUGAUAGAAGUUUAAAAAAAAAUAAAUUUCAAGAUGAUUCACCCACCUACCUUCUUCAGUUUUGCUUUUUGUCUCAACGACAUAUGGUAGAUCAGUUGUCUUUCACUUUCGAAAGGUAACAAAAUAUUUUCUAUGUGUUUUGGAGAGAAAACAGAAAGUAAAGAAAACCAGUGAAAAUAAUGGAUGAAUAUUCUGUUGUAUAGCAAUCCAAUAGUUAUUGGGGUUUUGAGUCAUUCUAAAGCCAACUUUUGAAAUUUCCUGUAAUGCAACGAUGUAACUGUACAGACAGGUGUGUAUUGCAGCAUUAUUUACUGUUAAAUAUCUUCACAUUUGAUAUCAAUCAUUGUAUUUAUUAGCUUACUUGGUCAUAGAUCUGACAACUGGUGUUUACACUUUUAAGAUUAUUGUUUUUAUUUUUAGUGCUGACUGAUUUUUGUCACUGUUCCUCAGAAUGUUGUAAUAUACUAUUAGUGGAUUAAUUUAUUUACACUUAGUAUUUUAAAUUUUAUGUAAAGGAUUGUUGAUUGUUAAUAUAUUAUAGCAGUAUUUCAAAUCUGUUUAUGGUGCUCUUUUUUAUUAUAUUCUUUCAAUUUUGCAAAUAAAAUUUUACUUACAA